AUGGUUCAUUGGAGUGAUACAUUUUGGGGCGAAGGUAAUCGAGGUUUUGAAGUAUUAUCAACAAAUGUAAAAAAUGGUGGUAUUGCCAUCGAAGAAUUUCAACGAUUUCUCAAUGAAAAUUUACAACAUGAAUCAACAUAUUGUAAAAAUCUAUCUCGUUUACAAGCUCAAUUAUUAAAAGUUCAACAUGUUGGAACAUUUACACCAAUAUGGUAUUCAAUAAGAGAUUUACUAGAAAAAAUUGCUUUAGCACAUUCAACAACAGUUUCAUAUUAUCAAGAUCUAUUACGUGAGAUACAUAAUUAUCAUGAUUCAUAUUUAAAAAAAGUUAAAACAUCUAUGCAAAAAGAUCCUGAUAUAGCACGUACAGCUGACCUUAUAUCACAAUUAAACAAUGCAUUAAAUACAGUUAAUAAAGCUAAAGAACAAUAUCAUUCCAUUGGAUUAGAUUAUGAACGUGCUAAACGUUCAGGAAAUAAUUUAACAAAUGGUUCAUCAACACCUGUACCACAAGAUAAUAAUACAACAAGUAGUCUUGCACAAACAGCACUGAAUACAUUAACAUCAUCAUCAAGGCAAAUUGAACGUUUAGAAAAAAAAUUUCGUCAGUCACAUGAUGAUUAUAGAGCAUCAAUUGAAAAAUAUAAUUCAUUAAGAAAUGAAUUUGAAAAACGUUUUUAUGAUGCUUGUACAAAAUUUCAAGAUUUUGAAGGUGAACAUGUUGAAAAAAUGCUUGCAUUUUCACUUAAUUAUUCUGAAAUACUUAAACGUAAUAAUGAACAAACAGGUGUAGCACAAAAUGAAUUUAUUGAAAAAAUUAAACAAUUCACUGGUAAUGACCUUAUUGAGACCUUUGUCGAACAGAAAAAAACAGGCGUAGAACGACCCGUUCCUGUACAAUUUGAAGAAAUAGAUAAUAUAAAAACAUCAUUAAACUUACCAAAUUCUACAAAUCUUCCUUCAUCAAUAACACUUGAUUCAUCAGGUUGUCCGUCGGAUGAAUUAAUUACAUUUGAUACACCGGAAACAAAUUUACCAUCAUUUCAAGCACAUUUUCCUGUUUCAUCACCGACUAUUUCAUCUGGAUGGCCAUCAACAACAAAUAUGAAAAAAAGUGAUAGUAAUCGAGCAUUAGCAUCAACUUCUUCUCUUGGUCAUCAAUAUGUACCAAAUAAUAAUCCAACAAUAUCUCCAAUAUCUAAUACUCCACCAAUGAGUCUUAGUAAUCCAAAUAAUCCAUUAGCACGUUUACAAGAAACAAGCAAUGAACAGGCAUCAAAUCCAUUUGAUGUUAAAAUACGACGACCAGCAUUUAAAGUAGGUUUUUGGCCAUCAAAUCGUAAAGAUAAAAAAGAUAAAAAAGCUGACAAGAAAACAUCAAAUAAUACCAAAUCAACUAAAACAGUUCAAUUACAACAACAUGAUGAAAAUGGUUCAGUUAACUCACAACAUUCAGUUGUUGAAACAAAUGAUAUUAAUAAAAUGAUGGGUAGUAUGGAUGGUCUUGAUCAAAUAUCAUCAAGUAGAACUAAAAGCAAAUGUCCAACACCUGAACCAUAUACACAAUCCAGUCCAACAAUUCCUAAUAGUAGUAUUAAUCGUCCCAUAUGUCAAAGUACAAUACCAUUUUCAACAUCAACGUUACGUAAAUCAACAAGUUCAAGUGAUUCAAGUGGUGAGGGGGAUGAUGAUUUUCCAAUAUCAAAAAUUCAAUUUAAAAUAAAUCCAACAACACAAAAAACACCAAUAGCAGAAGAAAAUGAUGAAACAAAUAUUAUUAAUGUUAUGCGUCUUGUUGAUAAGAAUAUUGGACAUUUUGCAACAUACUCAAGAGCAACAGGACGAAAAGGUUCCGAUAUGAAUAAAUCCACAUCCAGUGGACAAAUUAGUACAAAAAUACCACCACCACUUCCAUCACGUCAAACACCUUCUAUGUCAACAAGUGUUACAACAGAUAAUAUUGAUCAAUCAUCUGCUUUUCCAUUAUCUUCACAACAUACAUCAUUAAUAAAUACAUUGGAUGGACUGGAAGCACGUACUAAAUCAAUGACUGUUUCUUCCAGUCAUCAAGAAAAUAUACCACCAGCUCCUGUUCAUCCUAGAUCGAUGACUCUUGAUACAGAAAGUAAAAAAUCAACAGCAGUAUCAUUGACUGACGAUGAUACUGAAGUGGCGAAUUCGUUUCCUGUUGAUAGUCCAACAAAUAAAACAGCACCAUUUAUAAUUCCACGACCACCUCGAGCUCGGCAACCAUUUGUAAGAGUUAAUAUUCAUUGUUUUUGUUUUCAUGUAUUUCCUGUUUUCUUUAAGCAUAAUAAUUUUUCUUCUUUUUAUCAUUCAUCUGAAAAUAAUCUUUCUAUUAUUCAACCAUAUGAAUAUAAAAUUAAUAUAAAAAAAUCAAAAUCCGAUUUAAUUAAUUUAAAAUCUCAUAUAAUAUUUCACGAAAAAUAUUCAUUAAAAAAAAUAUUUCAAAUUCGAUUAUCAAUUAUUACAUGUAUUCGUUCAAUUUGGAAAAUUUCAACAAAACAAACACCAAUUAUUUUUCGAAAAAUUUAUCCAUUAUCAAUACGACAUAAAAUACCAAUAACAACAAAAACAAGUUUUGGUUUUUCAACAAAUCAAACUGACGAACUAAUGACGAAUAAUUUAACAAAACAAAUAUCAAUUGAUUCAUUUCAUACAGCUCGAGAGAGCUUAUCUAACCAACAACAACCAACACUUAGUUCAGUUGGUCCUUCAAUUGCAAAUGGUCGUAUGACACCAUUUACUGGUCCGAACAGUCAAAGUUUUUCUAAUAGUUUAAUGACAUCAAUAGAUCAACGAAUAUCUCCAUUAACAAUUGGUGCUAGUGAUCAAAUUCCAAUAGCAGUUGCUUUUCAAGAAACAAUUCAUGUUAUGAUGUCUGGUGAUGAUCAAACAAAAUGGAAAAUUCGAAUUCUUGGUGAUAUGCUUGUUUCAUUUCCAGCUGCUAUUCUAAAUUUACUUGUUAAUCCAACACCUAUUUUAAAUACAUUAGAAUUUCGUUUACAAAAUUUAAAUAAAGUAGAAAAUAUUAUUGCAAAUCCUCAAUUAAUUACCUUAAAUCAAUCAUCAGUAGAGUCUUCGGAUGGACCAACUUAUUCAUUUAAUAUGUCAGCAUUAAGUAAUAUUCUUCGUAAUUUACAAGAAAAAAAUCGUUCAUUACCUUUUUUCAAUUUUGGAAUACUUAAAUAUGAAGUUAAACAUACAGGAAUAUCAAACAUUCCAAUACAAGUAACAUCACAAUGGACACGUACAUUUGAUACAAUAUCAGUUAAUAUAAAUUAUCGUUUUAAUAGUUCGGCUUUACCAGAAUCCGUUCGAUUAGUUAAUGAUACCGUUACAUUUUAUACAGUAGUAACAGAUGGUCAACAAAUAAAUCAAUCAAUACCCAUGGCUGAAUGGUCUUCAACUGAACAUAAAUUAUCAUGGAAGGUUCCAUAUAUAUUUGAUGGUUCAGGAACUCUUACAGCAUCUAUAAUGACAGCUCAAUCAACAACAGAUAAUGAUGAUAAUGAUCAACAACAAAGACCAUUAACAGCAUCAUCGGUUGUUCAUGUUCAGUUUCUUGCUGAAAAUGCAUUAUUUUCAUCAAUCAAUUUUGAAUUUGCAUGUCGAGGAUAUCGUGUAUCAUUACUUAAGAAGAAAAUUUGUAGUGGUAAGUGUUCAAAAUCUACUAAACAUUAA